AGGUUUAUGCUCAAGUUUUUCUCCAGCGUUUCUGAGUUGGGGAUUCUGGGUCAUCGCAUGAUAGUGAAUGCAAUGGUGAACACCCAGAUAACUAUUGGCACCCACGAUGGAGUGUUCCAUUGCGAUGAAGCUUUGGGAUGCUUUCUUUUGACCCGAUUACCCGAUUAUCGAGACGCUAAGAUUAUUCGAACUCGCGACCCCGUCAAACUGAGCGGCUGUGAUCUGGUAUUGGAUGUUGGUGGUGUCUUCGAUGCCGCUUCUCAUCGAUACGAUCAUCAUCAGAGAGUCUCCGAAUGUUCAGACUUGAUGAAAUCGAUGCGCUUGAUAACGGCGUUCCAGUUGCAGACGGAGUACAGAAACGUAGGUGGAAAAGUAAAGGCGCUGAAUCCGACAUGGAAUUCGGAAGAAUGUCCGGAACAAGACGCUCUUUUCUCAUCUGCAAUGAAACGAGUCGGAGAUGAAUUCGUUUCGUCGGUCAAAUUCAUUGCAAAAACGUUGAAGCUUUCGGAGACGCAAAUCCAGAAGGCCGUUUCUGAGCGCAAGACUACGCAUCCAUCAGGAGCCUUGAUGGAAAUUACAGAUGAUCCAGUUGACGCUUGGAAGUAUUUUUUAGCCGACUUCGAAAAUAAAUUGGAUGUAGAAGGCUCAAUUAAGUUCAUUAUUCAGAAAGAUGUCGGUCGCCGUUGCUGGAAAAUUACCACUGUUCCGACGGAGUUGCCUCAUGGCGGAACUCAAAGGGUCCCUUUUCCUUCGGCUUGGCGGGGUAUGAGAGACGAAGAUUUUAGGACCAUUUCAGGACUGAAGUCAGCGUUGAACGUGGAUUUUGCAAAUCGUUCAGCUUGGUGUGAAUCAAGAGAGGGGGACUGUGAUAUCAUCCGGUCGUUCAACACUGUCGAAAUGGUGUUUGGCGAAAAUUAUUUCUUUGCGGAUGGUGUUCUCGAACCGUGUGGGAUGCUCUCUUUUUUCGUGAACGGAUAA